AUGGCUGCUGCCCAGAAGCAUGUACUGCGUGUGUAUGUUGCACGAGACACCGCCCUGAAACUUACUCUACUUGAGCGACCAAAGUCAGUGGAGGAGCUGAAAGAAAUAAUGCAAGAGAGGUUCAAGCCGAGACUGGAUGGGGACUUUAGCCUGCACUAUGAGGAUCCGGACUUUGAUGGUGAUCUUUGUCUUCUUGUGGACAUUCAGGAGUUACCAGAGAAGGGCACAUUGAGAGUCGUCAGACCUGAAGGUGACACCUCAUCUACUGCAUCUACUGCAUCUUCUGACACAGACAUUCUCCCACAUGUACCUGCGUUACAGCGCCAGAAGAGUUGGCCUGAUCACUUUGUUGUUCCUGGUUUUGGUUAUGAAAUGGAGCAUAUACUAGAAGAAGGAAAUCACGUUUAUGAAGAAUCAGGAAAAUUGCUGAAGUUAAAGAGGUCACAGAAGAGUGAAAUCCUUAAAAAAAUGGCAGAAACGAUCUACAGUUUUAAACCAUACACACAUGAAAAGGAAUUGGCAAUGGCUGCUCAAGCUUUGAUUAGAGCUCAUCCAUGUCUCAGAAUGACGGCUGGUGAAGACGGGGAGUUGGGAAUGGAAACGUCACAUAGGGUACAAGGUUGCGUCUUACCGUAACAAUCUGGCCAAAGCUGGGGUUGCAGAAGUAGCCAUCAACACAGGGAGGCGGACCCGAAACAACCCUGACAAUGAUCACCCCCAUCAAAACAUAAAGAAAGCUCGAAAAGCUGAGGUCAACUACAUCAUCAACCUACCGAAGGAUCAAACCCCAGCCACUCUGGAAACAAUGAGAGAAGAAAUCAUACAUGAAGUCGAAAAGACUGAGAGAAACCAAUUAGUCAUAGGCAAGCUCAUGAACACAACCUAUGCCCUUCGUCGCCAAGAAAUCGUUGGAGCUCUUGUAGCUCCACGGGUGAGAGACGUCGUGGACAGAUGGCCAGCCCUACUUAUGGAGUCACAGGUAAAAAAAACUUUUAUUUUACUGUUCUCCCUGUUGAGAGCAAUUAAUCAACAUGACUCUUUAGCAUGCCCACUUUGAACAUGAUUGAUUUUUCUAUAUUUAAAUGACUAUUUACAUUUUCAAAAGAUUCACCAAAAAGCAAAUGGCAGAUGUAAAAGUUGACACAUCAAGCUGUGACAUAUUUUUGCCAUUCACAGUAAACAAAGUAUACAGAGGUUUAUUAUUUUAAUUUCCUUUUAGAUAACAUUAUACAGCCUGAUUUAAAUUAAAGAAUGACAAUUAACUUUCUAUUUUGACCUUGGUUCUGACUCAUCCCUAAUAGAAUUGACCUUUGUUUUGCUACCUGCCAACUGAAAACUUCUUAAAAUACAUUCACAAUUCUGUUCCUUAUUCAUCUUUGUACAUUUCUGUGUAAUUCUGUCCAUGUACAGGUGUUUGCAGAGUUCCACCGAAUCAACAACGUUAACCUGCGCAAUCAAUUCUACAAGGAGCUGGACAGACACACGCCUAAACUCAUCACCUUGUUCAGAGACAAGGGCACCAAGACUGGCAAGAUAGCGGAGGAGCUAGCCAAGCUCAUGAGGAUUUAUGAGCUUCAGGUGAAUUUUUUAACUUUGCAUGAUUCAGAAACAAACAACAGUUUGAAGCCAUGGUGUGAAUUGCCUCGACUGUGCCCCAAGGUUAAAGUGAUGGUUCGGAGUAAUUUCACCCUAGGGUCAUUUGCACCAUGACCUCGAGCCAAACACCCCCCCAGAAACUUUUUUCACCUGGGUCGAACAUUGGGAGAGUUAGCGUAGAGUAGCGUUAUCAGCUGAAUAGCUUAGCGCAGGGGCUAAUGGAUCCGAAGUGUCUCUUAACAUUACCCCACUAAUAAUGCCCGAAAUUAUACCAAACGUCUACAGUAGUACAAAUAGGUUAUGCACUCAUAAAACGAUGGAUUGUAAAGUUUGUAAGUACACCAGAAGUGUAUGUAAAUAACACUUGCCUGCUGGCUUCUGCUCUCUGCUGUUGUUGUUGCUGCUGUUACUACCGGGCAGUAAGAGUGCUUAGGGCCGUUUACAAAUUACAACACCGAAAAGAGAUGCAACAAAUAUUUAAUGAUUAAAUAAGGUAAUGUCUCCAAACUUACCUCAAUUAUAACUUGUCUCCUGCUAGUUAUUCUACAGCACUUACUUUAAAAAUAAGUUAAAUAAAAACAUGUUUUUGUUGCAUCUCUUUUCGGUGUUGUAAUUUGUAGACGUCCCUAAGCACUCGUCUUACAGCAGCAACAACAACAGCAGAGAGCAGAAGCCAGCAGGCAAGUGUUAUUUACAUAAACUUCUGGUGUACUUACAAACUUUACAAUCCAUCGUUUUAUGAGUGCAACCUAUUUGUACUACUGUAGACGUUUGGUAUCAUUUCUGGCAUUAUUAGUGGGGUAAUGUUAAGAGACGCUUCGGAUCCAUUAGCCCCUGCGCUAAACUAUUCAGCUGAUAACGCUACUCUACGCUAACUCUCCCAAUGUUCGACCCAGGUGAAAAAAGCUUCUGGGGGGGUGUUUGGCUCGAGGUCAUGGUGCAAAGGACCCUAGGGUGAAAUUACUCCCAACCAUCAAUUUAAUUGAUUAUGCCAUGAACGCAACAUUGUCAUCUCAUCAGAGAUAGACGUCUUGACAAGAUGUAUUCUAUCAGAAAGAGGUACCUUAAAAAGAUACUUUGUCAGCUUCAAUUUGAAGAAGUCCAAAUAACUACUGUUUUCGUAAAAUUUGAUUUACAAUUUUAACUUUUUUACUUUGUGAGUUAUUAAAGUAAUUACAAUAGAAAGUUAUUAAUUUGAAAAAUGUUUUACUGAAGAAAUGAUGACCCAAAAUACUGAAUCUACCAUCUAUAGCAAUGACCACCAUCAGAAUAUGGAGCUAUUUAACACUUAGAUUUUGAGAGUUUGCUCUGUAUUUGUGUAAUUAUUAUUGUAAUGGAUAUUUUUUGUCCAUGUAGGAACAACGUGAUGUAAAUAUGAGACGGGCCCUCGUCCUUCGUGCACUUCCUGUGUACCUGCGUGAAGAUGCCUCCAAGUUUUUCAGGACCUGUAAUGUAAGUGUACUGGCCUCACUAUCAAUCCCUUUGCUUAGCUAUUCAGUCAGCUUAAACAUGACAUCACUCAAAGAACUCUAGGAGAACCAGAGGGGCAUUCCAGAAAGCAGGUUAUGUGAAAACCAUCAGUAUAGCCAAUUGUAUUUUUUCCAACAACGUAAUUUCAAAGUCCGUGUUUCUAGUUUGUCGCCGCAUUGAGUAUGAGAUAAAAUGUUUUUAUAUUUCAUUUUCAGCCGAUUUAAAUAAAACAAAAUAGCCUAAAAUAAAACAUUGAACAACAUUCAACCACUUCCUUAAAGGCUAAUAUAAAAUAAAGUGAUAAUUUCAAAAUGAAAAGACGACUGCAUCUGAAACUCUGUCAGUGAUUUAUAUAACAGCCGCAGCCAGAAAAUGUCUGCUUCCUGUUUUCUCCCGUUGCCAUGGUGAAUAACCGUAUCGGAGCUCCAUUGAUGAUGGCUUUUUACUAGUCGUCAGGCACAAGCUCAACUCCGAGUUAACGUACUCUGAGUCAACUUACCUAACUCAGAUCAGCUGUUCUGUAACUGAAAACUCAGUUUCACUUCACAGGGUAAGUCAACUCUGAGUUCAGGGUUAGGCUCAGUUUGUUGAACCUCCUUUCUGGAAUAGCCCCCAGGACCUGUUUAUGAAGUUUCCUUGAGUUGUUAUUCUGCAAACUGACAUGUAGAAAUUACAUAAAUGAAAAGGUAAGUAUAAAGAAUUCCACUAAACAAAAAGUAUGCUUACAGGUAGGUGUGAAACUAACAUAAAAUAAUAAGCAUGUGUAAAGAAAAUAGUUUAAACAUGUAGCUUAGCUGCAGUCUAAGUGCAAAGUGACCGUAAUGUCUAGACAUCAUUAGCAUGAUUUGUAUCCUUGAGGGGCUGAACUCAUUUUUGUAUUAUUUGUGUUUUAUAGUCAGCAGAUGGUCCAGACCUCACUGACACUCCGGUGGCUCUCCUGACAGUUGUCACUGAUGAUACUACUGAUGCGGCCCUCUUCAGCCCUGAGAGCAUCUGUAUUGUCGUGGAAGAUGAAAUACUUGUGAGUGGUCCCACAAACCUGGCUGACUCAUUUAUCCUGCUCUUUGGGUAUGUCUAUGCACUAGACCUACAGUACCCAAAGAAUCUCGAGCUUACAUUCACAUUUAUCCAAAAAGUUGUGAUGUGUCUUGAGGACAACAAACCACUGAAAGGGCGUCUACUGACACUGAAGAAUGAUUUGUUCAAUGAGUGAAUCACUCAGAAUGGACUAUUUGUUGAGCUGAGUAUUGAGGAUGUUUUUUGUUUUUUUUCCCCUCUUUACAAAUGUAAUAAUUUGCCUCUUCUACCUCAUGUUUAAUAUGUUACACUGUUUGCCUCUUCUACCUCAGAUUUAAUACAUUGAUUGUUAAUAGAUAAAUAUCACAACAUUGACGUAUUGCCAAGCCCAAGUUUUUGCACUGUAGUUGUGGGAAACGACUGUUGAAUUCAUGCACUAUACAUGUUUAAUGUUGUGUGACCUAAUGCUUACCUUGAUGUUGCCAGUUGAAGUACGGCACAGUAGAAACCAGUACUUUUAUUUGAAGGUUUUAUUUUAAAAAAGUUAGUUGCAGCCUUCAAGGUACAGUAAGUGCCAAAACGUUUUAAAUGGCUCCACAUUCUAAUAGUUGUUAUUGCUGUUGAGGAUGGAUUAUAAUUAGAAUCUUAUUGAAUUUUAACAUGAAGCCUUUGUGAGUUUUUAUCAUAAUGUUUACUGAAUAAUGUGAUAUGGAGACCGAAAAUACUGAAUCUACCCUCUGUAGCAAUGACCACUAUCAGAAUAUGGAACUAUUAACACUUAAUGUACUUUAAAACACAUUUUGUUUUUAUGGAGUCAUUUCCUUUUUUGUUUUAAUUU